AUGAAAGUGCCAUUAGAACCUCGGAUGUCUGUUCAACGUGAUGCUGUUCUUGACUUACUUAAACAGCUGGCAUCUGAUAAUGAAGAUUAUUUUAAACAAAUUCACAACCCUUCAAUUUAUAAUAGACGAAUUCUAGAAAGUUGUAAAGAAUUGUGUUCUUCAAUUGACCUCAUUCGCGAAAUAAUUUGUCAACUCCAAAUUGCUUCGCAAAAUUAUGACUACGAUGAAAAUACUCCUGGAAAUGGAUUUCGUUCUCUUAUUUGUAUUAGUGACAUUGUUCUUUUACAUUUAAUUUCGGUUCUUCGAAUCUGCUCAGACAAUCGGACUACAAUUAUGUUUCGUUUAUCGCAUUGUUGUAAGGAAAUUGAGGCUUAUGUGGCUAUUCUUCGCUUUCUUAUUUUGGCAUAUCAACAGGUUGUCUCUUUAUUGGAUGUUUUGGAUAACAACAGCUUGUUCCCACCGCUUAAUAGUGACUAUCAACAAUAUAAUAUAAUGUUUCGUGGAAUUGAAAACCUCGAUGCUUCUUGCUUUUAUGGACGUUCUCUUGGAUUUCAAUUUUCACCUUCUAUUACUCGUAUUUUUCGGGUUAUUGGAUUGAUUUUGGCCACUUAUAGUCUUUCAUGGGAAAGCACUGUGGCUCUAAGCUCUUUAAUUAGAGGCGGCCGGAUGCUUUUGAAUCCAGAACAGCGUGCAAAACACAUUAUUAAGGUUAUUUUGGCAGGUUUUUUAUUAAAAAUAUUUUAA